GUCCAGUAUGAAAUAAAUAUAACCGCCAUAUUAAAUUAUUGUUUGUGUCUUUUGAAUAGAAUUAAUGUGUUUUUUUACAAUAAAAUAAAGUAUUUAAUAAGCAGAGUGUACUAGAUUAAGUUCAUUAAAAGAAUUCUUUAAAGUUAUAAAAAAAAAUUGGAAGAAAAAAUGAAAGAACUCCAAGAAUAUCAAUUAGUGCUCCGAGAGCAAAAAUUAUUAGCCCUCCAAGAACAGAAUAAUGAUGCUAAUCUUACAACAGCUUUAGAACUGCAACUCGAAGAAAAAGAUGUAAAACUUGAAGCAUCAAUAAAAGAAAGAGAUAAACUAGAACGAGAAUUAUCAUCAGUUAAAUCAGAAAUAGCUACAUUAAGGAGAACUCUAGAAUUGGAGAGACAAGAAAGAAAAGAUUUAGAAACUACUGCCUUAGAUUUAAUAAAAGGAGCUAAAAGAAAAUGGGAAGCUGCUGAAAAAGAUAAAAUAGCUCGACUUAAUCAGCAUAUAGAAGCUCAAACGGUGCGUAUUACUGAACUAUGCACUAGUAAUAAUGAUAUGAGUUCUAGGUUGCAAAGGACCCAAUGUGAAUUAGAAACAGCAAAAGCAGAACUUCAUAAGCUGAAAAAUCUCCAAGUUCAAUAUAAAGAAUCUUUAGCAAAAACACGAGAAUUAAGACGUCAAAGUGUUCAAGGAGUAGAAAAUAAACUUGAAGAGAUUGCUAAUCGAGCUCACAAUCAAUUAGCUGAAGUUCGAAUGAAAUUAGAAAUGGAAAUAGCAAAAAAUACAGAACUUGAAAGUCAGUUAAGAAAUGAAAGAGACUCACAUCAUUGUCAACUGUCUCGUAUUAAUGUUGCUUUGGAGCUUUCUCAGUCUGAGCUAAGAGAUUGUCAAGAACAGUUGAGAAGUACUCAGGCUAUGAUUCCAGCUCGUGAUCAAGAAAUCGAAACCUUAAGAAAGCAACUUAAAGAAAGAAGUAAGCAGAUGGAAAGCAUAGGAUCAUAUGAACGAGUCGUUAAUAAUUUAAAAGAUGAAAUAGCCAAGCUUAAAUUAGAAAAUGAUCAGAUGAAGACUCAACUAGAGACUGCAAAGAGUGAUCUCAAUGAUACUCUCAAAAAUCUCCAAAAAAGUGAAAGCAUUGCUUCGAAAUUAGAACAAACAGCGCAAGUCAAAGAUGAACUGCAGCAAAAAUUGGAAGAAUCUCAAGAAAAGGAAAAUGAACAGCUACGAAAAAUGGAUACUCUGGAAGAAUUGCUUCAACGACUUCAACAGAGUGUAGCAAAAUUAGAAUCUGAAAAUGAUUGUCUCAGAAGAUCAACAAAUAAAUCAUUACCAAGCACCAGUCGUUCCUCAACUAAUCAAAAAGAAUCUGAAAAAGUAGCAUUGCUAGAACAACAACUUGAACGAUUGGAAAAACAGUUGCAAACUGCUCGUGAAAAUGCAACAACUGAACGAGAAGCAGCAAGACAAGCUCAACGUAGUUUAUGGAAAAAAGAAAAAGAGUUAUCAGAUGCAAACUUGGAUAAGCGUAUUGCAUUAAGAGAAGUUAAAACAGCAGAAGAAAAAAUUAAAAAUUUGGAAGAAGAAAAGAAAAGAUUGAGAGAUUUACUGGAUAAAAAGUGUAAAGAAGAGGAAGAAAAGGCUAAAAAAUUAUUAUCAGAGUUGGAAUCUGCUAAAUCAUCGUUGGCUCAGUUUGAUCGUGAAUCAUCAAGAAAUAAAUUGCAAGCAGACUCAGCUCAGAGAGCUUUAACUCAGACAAAUAAACAAGUUGAAGAGUUACAAUCAUCAAGUGCUGCACUGAGACGUGAAUUAGAUGCUGCGCGAAAACAAGCACGAACAAACCAAGAUCGUGUUGACACUCUCAAUGCUGAAAAUAAACGAUUAACCAUGGCUAUUUCAAAGCAUAAUGAAGAAAAGAGUGAAUUAGAAUCUAAACUUGAAAAAUUAGAACAAGAAGCCAACGGUUAUAAAAUAAAUAUUGAUCUGCUGAAAGAAACAUGUACUGUUUUAGAAGAACAACUGACUGAUUAUGAAAAAUUGACAAGUGACCAUGAAACUCGUGAAAAUACUUUAAUUCAAGACAAAAUGAGACUACAAAAAGAACUCGAGAAUAUUGAACAAAAGUUGAGAGAAGCUAAGAUUGCUCAAAAUGAAGAGAAAACCAAAAGAUUAGUAGCAGAGCGAUCUAUGGAACGAUUGGUGUCAGAAACCCAAGAUUUGGAGAGUGAAAGAAAUAGCUUAGUAGCUCAAAGAGAUCAAUACAAAAAGUUAGCUCAAGAUUUAAAUAAACAAGUUGCUCAAUUAACUUCUCAAUGUGGAGAAUUUGAAUGUGAUAUUGCAGAAUUACAAAGAGCUGUAGAUACUGCCCGUGGUGAGGCAAUGGUAGUUAAAGAAGAAUGUUCUCAACAUUUAACUCAUCUUCAUGAAAUGAAAGAUAUUAAUCAAGACCUAGUAGCUGAUUUACAAGCUAGUAUUGACCAAGGCCAAGAAUUGAGAAUGAGAAUUACUGAGUUGGAGAAUAUUCUUGAGGAAAUGCGACAAUUCUACCAAGAACACGAGCUUAAAUCAGAAGGUACAAGACAACAACAAACUAAAUUAAUUGAUUAUCUUCAACUUAAACUUGAAGAGUCCAGUAAAAAAAAGAAAACUGUUUGUGAAAAAAUUUUUAAAAGUAAACAAAAGGAAAAUAUUCCACCGACAGGAAUGGGAAUGCCUGUUGGAUAUCGAGAACUUGAAAAUCAAUUAGCCAGAGAACGUGCUAAGGUCAAAGCCUUGACUGAGCAAUUGUUAGCUUAUAAAACUGCUGCUGCAACAUCAGCACCUGUAUCACCUACUCUUCGUAGUCCGGAGUUCAAAAAAUCUGCUCAACAGUCCAAUGAUCAAUCUGAAGACACUUUGGCAAGACAAAUGUCUCUGCAAAGAAUCCGUCAUAACAUUCCACAUCGUUAUAACAUUGAACUUUCAAUGCGAGCAGGUAAAUGUGCUGCUUGCUUGGAACCAAUUCAAUUUGGUAAACGUUCAGCAAUAUGUAGUGAAUGUCAAAUAAUGACACAUUUAAAAUGUUCUUUAUUAACACCAGCUAAUUGUGGACUUCCUGGUGGUUUUGCUAAACAUCUAGAAGAAAAAUCAUGGAAAAAUAGUGCUGAAAGUAUUUCAACGCUAUCAGGCAGUGUACAAACUUUAACAAUUGACGAACCAGAUCAUACUGAGUUAGAUUCUGGAAAUCCAAGAAAAAAUGAAAGUGUUACAAUGGAAAGUUGGGUGAAAAUUCCUGGAAGAGGAAAAGCAUCUUGGGAUAGAAAAUAUUUACGUUUAGAAGACUCCACUCUUUAUAUUUAUGAACAUGAGCCAACUCCUGGCAUGGGCCCUAUUAAUCGAAUCGAAUUGAGUGAUAAAAGUGGAUUUACCAUCUGUGAAGAUAUUCUUCAAGCUGAUGUACCAGGAACGGCAAAGUCUGAUUUACCUUUUAUUUUACGAGUGGAAUCUAAUACUUCCAACACAUGUUGGCCUACUUCACGUUUAGAUAUUAUGGCCCUUAGUCAAAUAGAUAAAAAGGGUUGGCUUAAUGCUAUCAAAUCGAUUGCUUAUCGAAAUGGAACAAAAGAAGUAGCAAAAAGUUCGAUGUUACAAACAAUCCUAAAAUUAGAAAAAAAUCGUUUGGAUUUAAAUUGCAUUGUUGAAGUGGAAAAUGAGAAUGUGCUAUUAGUUGGUGCUGAAGAAGGUCUUUAUUCCUACCGUCCAUCUCACUCUAAAGUUCUCACCGCCAUCAGAGGAGUUAAAAAAGUGCAUCAACUUACUUUACAUUCUCAUCUGAAUCUUGCCUUGAUGAUUGCUGGUGAAGAUCGACAACUGGUUUCCUGUGACUUGAGACAAUUAAAGAGUAAUGCAUUAGCUGCUGAAUGUUCUCGGCCUGCUAUUACAACAACAAAAGUUCUCACUGGAACUGAAAGCUGUCAUUUGUAUCAGUUAGAAGGGGACAUGUUAUGUGCAGCCACUGCAUCAUAUGUUAUGUUACUCAAAUGGCAUAGUAAUGAAGAUGUUGGAGAAUUUAUUGCCAUGAAAGAAAUAGAAACCCAAGAGCCAUGCAGUUGUGCUAUUUUUACGAAAGAUAAUCUUAUCGUAGGAUGUCAGAAAUUCUUCCAAAUAGAUACGAAAAAUUAUACAGUUGAUGAUUUCCCAGAAGAUGAUGAUAGCUCCGUCAAAGCAGCUUUAGCAGGAGUUGCAAAAGUUGGAAUCUUUCCCGUUGCUGUACUUAAUGUUUCAAGUUCGCCUCAAUCAACUGAAUUGCUAUUAUGUUAUAAUGAAUUUGGUGUGUUUGUCAAUGAAUUCGGUCAACGAACUCGUUGUAUAGAUCCAACUUGGAGUCAUUUGCCUUUUGCAUUCGCGUUUCGAAAGCCUUACCUUUUUGUCGUGCAUUUUUCAUCUGUGGAAGUUAUAAAAUUAUCACCAGAAGCUUUCCGCUCAUCAACCAAAGUACCAGAAAAAACAUUGAUAGAGUUGAAUAAUCCACGAUAUUUAGGUUUUGCUGGAAUGAAAAGUAUCUACGUCGCUGUUACCAAUGCAACCCUAGAUAUCCUCAAAAUUGAUGGAGCAGCUUCAAUUCUUUCUCGACGAAGUACUAGUAUAUCAAGUCUCGAUUCAUUGUGUAACAAUGACGAUGACAGUUCAGAGUUCAGCUUUACUCCCAGUCUUUUAGAUGCGUUGGAUAAUCCUGGUAAAAGGGUUCACUUCGCCAAUUUAUCCAAUCAGACAUAAAAUAUCGCUAAUAAAUACUACCAACUAAUUCAUCAAGUAACUUAUUUGAUUGAUAAUUAUCAUUUUUUACCUAAUUUAAAAAAUAAGUGUACAAACUCUUGCCAUUGAUCCAUUUUUAGUUAUUAAUCAUUUUUGAACUUUAUUUUUUAGAAUAAUAUUUAAAAAUAAACUUAAUGAACACGAAAUUUGAAAGAUCUUUUGAUAAAGAUCUAAUACAUAAAGUAUUAAAGUACUUAUACUACUAUUACCAUAGAAUUAUUUGA